AUGGCCUCCGGCGCGCUUCCGCCGCCAUCGCCCACCGUCGCCGUCGCCGUCCGCCCGGGCGGCAGCGCGAGCCGCCGCGCCGCCCGGUGGGCCGCGGCCAGCCUCCUCCAGGACGACGGCGUAGGCCGCGCCGCCGCCAUCGCCUUCGUCCACGUCAUCCCACCGCUCUCCUUCGUCCCCUCCCCGACGGGUGAGCGGGUGCCCGUGGCGCGAGUGGGGCGCGACGCGGCGAAGGCCUACUCCCACGACCGGCACGCGCGCGUGCAGGAGGCUCUGCUACCCUUCCGCCGCCUCUGCGGCGGCCGCGCCUACGCCAAUGUGGAGACGGUGGUGGUGGAGGGCGACGACGUGGCGGAGGCGCUCCUGCGGUACGUCGCCGAGUUCGGCGUGCGGUGCUUGGUGCUCGGCUCCGUCUCCUUCCGGUGGUUCCAGAGGGUGCUGCGUAUUCCUGAUGUGCCAAAUGCUGUCCUGAAAAAUACACAAAACUCGUGCAACGUAUUUGUUGUGUGCAAGCGAACAAUAAUCGUGAAAGUUUCAGGAUAUCCUCAGGCAAGCAAGUCUAACACAAACUUAAGCAUUCAAUCAAUUAGUCACGAAGCAUUUGCGCAAAAACAGAUGGGCUUGUUAUUCGAGAACGUUACUGAUGCAGAGUCACGCUCAGUAUCAUGCUCUCAGGCCCGUUGUUCUCAUAGUGCUUUCUCUGAUGAUAGUACAAGAUCAGAAAGUGGUGCACUUGUCCAAGUAGGAAAUGGAAGUGCAAAGACAAAAGGAAGAGAUUUGAUCAAAAACUAUAGUUCUCACAGCUCCUUGAAGGAAGGUCCUUAUGCUGCAUCGAACUCAAGUGAUGAGUGUCAAUCUAUAGAUGAAGUAGAAAAACUGAGGAAGGAAUUGAAGGAAACCGUGGUAAUGUAUGAUAAAGCUUGUGAAGAUCUCGUCCAUGCUAAGAAAAAGAUUCAGGUACUUUCUACUGAAUGUUCUGAAGAUGCAAGGAAGGUGGAGCAUGCACUACAUAAGGAGGAAACUCUUAAGCAGGUUGCAGCUGAUGAGAAAGCAAAGCAUUUGGUAGCCAUUCAAGAAGUUGAGAAAGCCAAAAGAUCAUUCACCCGGGAGGCCUACUCUAAGCACAAGGCUAAAAUGGUAGGUGGUAUAGUUUCUAUUGAUAAGGAGAAGGUUGUGGAUGCUAUAUUGUCGACAAGCAAAAAUUGCAGGCGAUACUCGAAACAUGAAAUAGAACUUGCCACUGAUAACUUCUCUGAAGCAAGGAAGAUCGGUGAGGGAGGUUAUGGGACUGUGUAUAGGUGCACCCUUGAUCACAUUGAAGUAGCGGUCAAGACAAUUCAGCAGGAUUCCACUGACAAAAUUGACGUGUUCUUGAGAGAGGUUGAGAUUCUUAGCAAACUUCACCAUCCCAACUUGGUUAUGUUGAUCGGUUUCUGUCCUGAAAUCGGCUGUCUCGUAUACGAGUACAUGUCGAAUGGAAGUCUAGAAGAUCAACUCCUUGACAACAAAAGGCGUCAGCCACUGCACUGGUUCCUCCGGUUUCGAAUCAUCUUUGAAGUGUCUUGUGGGCUUGCUUUCUUGCAUGGAAGGAAACCGGAGCCAAUUGUCCACCGUGACCUGAAACCUGCAAACAUACUAUUGGACAAGAACUAUGUGGGUAAGAUCGGAGAUGCUGGCUUUGCGAAGCUCAUAUCUGACGUUGUGCCUGAAUGGCAAACUGAAUACAAAGAUACUAUCAUCGCUGGUACGCUGUACUACAUGGACCCAGAGUACCAAACAACUGGGACAGUUCGACCGAAAUCGGACCUCUUCGCACUGGGAGUCAUCAUUCUUCAGAUACUAACCGGGAAACACCCGAAUGGACUCAUCGUAAGCGCAGAAAACGCUACCGAAAGGGGUUCGCUUGCUCAUAUCCUCGACAAAUCUCAAACUGAUUGGCCACUCGCUGAGACAGAAAUGUUGGCAAAGCUCGGUUUACGGUGCACGGCCCUGAAAUGCAGGGAUCGUCCUGAUCUCGAGUCGGAGGUGCUGCCGAAGCUCGAGGAAAUUCUGCAUAGAGUUUCUUCUAAUAUCAAUAUAAGAAAUCCAGACUCAUGUGUACCAAGACACUUCAUCUGCCCGUUAACACAGGAGGUGAUGGAUGAUCCAUAUGUCGCCGCAGAUGGACACACCUAUGAGCACCAUGCCAUCGAAGCUUGGGUCCGGAAACACAGGGUAUCACCCGUGACGAGGUGCAAUCUCCCGAAUUCAUCUACAAUUCCCAACCAUUCGCUGCGUGCAGCGAUUCAACAGUGGAAAAACUCAUAGCCAACUUUGACAGGGGCUUGAACAUGGGCAUCAGGUUUAUACCCAUAUUUGAUGUAAUUGACUUAACUGUUAUUCAUUAUGUUCUUCAACCCCAUGA